UCCUCGUUACUUAGAAUCGGAGAAAAUUCGAGACGGAGAGAGAGAUGAGCUAUUUACUAACGACGCUGAAGAUGAAGAAGGAGAUCGAUCGGAUUAUCAGAGACACGAUCGAUAAGGUUUUGGUUCUCCGAUUCGGCCGGGCCUCCGACGCCGUUUGUCUGCAACUCGAUGACGUUCUCGCGAAAUCGGCGAGAGAUGUCUCGAAGUUCGCAACGGUGGCUUUGGUAGAGAUUGACUCGGAGGAGGUCCAAGUAUAUGUGAAGUACUUUGACAUUACGUUGAUACCUUCCACAGUCUUCUUCUUCAAUGCGCAUCACAUGAAGAUGGAUUCUGGAACUGCGGAUCACACGAAAUGGAUUGGUGCGUUUUACAGAAAGCAGGAUUUCAUUGAUGUUGUCGAGGCGAUAUUUCGGGGAGCGAUGAAAGGGAAACUGAUCGUGAAUUGUCCCCUCCCACCGGAGAGAAUACCGAAAUACCAACUCUUAUACAAAGAUGUAUAGAGCAGAGCUAAAGAACUCGUUUUUCUUCUUCAGUUCAUCCGGGCUGGGUAGUGCUUUCUUCACUAUAUACAUUCAUCUGUUAAUCAGUACUGUUAGUCCACAAAGAUUCGGUUCGAAUCGGUGGCUUUGUGUCACCAACUUCAAUCAGUCCAAAAAAGGAUCCGCUUCUCAACGUCAUCAAACACAACUUGAUGAGUAUCAUCAACCAGAAGAAACCCAAUUCUCCGACCCAAAUCCCAGAUUCCCCUCACCAUCUCAAUCUUUCCUCCGCUCUUUGGCGAUCCUUCUCCCACAUCAUGCGAACACUGUCACUUAGGUAGUUUUGUCCUGGAAAGCAAUAAUGUUGCUGUAACUUCCCAGAACCCUUCUCCCGGGACAUGUAGGCUGCGAAAGUUGAAGACUUUUUCGCGCGGUCGAGUGGGAGUCUUUGGUCGGAGAUCGCAGAUGUUGUGUUCACUGUUGUUUCCGUUUGUGGUGGAUGAUGUUGGACUUGUUGUGUUGUGGGUGUUCAGGUGGAAGAGAUCUCCUCGGCUAAGCUUCACACGAAAGCUGGAGAGCGAAAGAGACCAACGGUUUCGGCGUCAAACUAAAACCUACAUAUUUUUUGGAUCCUUACCUUUUUACAUGUACAUAUGUCUAAGAAUAUGAUUUGUUAUAUACAUAUAUAUAUGUAUAUAUGUGGAGAGUAUACGAUGAAUGUAGUUUCCGACACAAAAGUAAGUAUUUACAUGCAUCCACCAA